AGAGAGAGAGAGACACACAGAGAGAGAGAGAGAGAGAGAGAGACAGAGAGAGAGAGAGAGAGAGAGAGAGAGCAGCAGUAGUUGCUCGGUGUUCUAGUGGAGAGCUGCUGGUGUCUCUCUGUCUCUCUUUGCGCACACUGGACCAGUUUGGAUCGAGAAGAAGCAGCUGAUAAACACCUGGUGGAGCUGUUACCUGCUGACACACAGUGUCUUUAUGUCCGGACAGGACUGGGCUCUAAUCAGCUGCCUGCAGGAGACAACACUGGAUACACCAGGCUGCACACUUCAAGGACAACUUCCCUGUGUUUUUCUAUCUGGAAUAAUGUGUAGUCUCCAUGUGCCUCACAGCUAGAGGCUUUUAACGCAGAGGAGAAAACGUCACUUUUUUUGCACCUUCUGCAGAAGAUGCGCCUUUUUUUCAAAACACUUUUCUGCAUCUUCCCAAAAGAGAAAACUGAUGUGAUGCGUUUUGGGAACUGAGAACAGCUGUUUGGAUGGACGAGCUCUGCAGCUGAGAAACACCUUUUAAAGUUUCCUUUAAAAAAAAGCAGAAGAAUAUUAAAACCCCAGGAGAGAGAGAGAGAGAGAGAGAGUGAAGGGGGGAUAUGGAUGGUGUUGCGUGUGAGCCUGCAGCCUGGAUGCACUGCGCAUCUGAACAACGAAUGCAACACACCUGAAUCCAGCCCACAAGGAUCCAGUAUGUCCUCCUCACUACAGACGAGGAAGCUGACUCUGUGCCAGGCCCUGACCUUCGUCCUGCUGCUGGUCGCUCCCGUCUGCCUGUCGUCCCCGCAGAGUUCGUGGGUUUCUGGGUGGCAUCCCUCCGGCGAGGCGGCAUCGGGGCGUCCGGCGCGCGCCCGGCGGCAGCUGCACUUCCGGAACGAGUGGGCGGCGUGGAGCGGCUGGUCUGUCUGCUCACGCAGCUGUGGGAGCGGCGCCUCGGUGAGGACGCGCACCUGCAUCACCAGGAACCCGGUGGGCGGACCGUGUUCAGGAGAUCCCAGACAAUACAAGAUCUGCAACACCAAGGAGUGCCCCCCCAGCUCGGAGGACUUCAGAGAGAUGCAGUGUGCUGCCUUCAAUGACAGACCGUUGGUGGCUGGAAACUCCUUCAGAUGGACCACCUUUUAUGGAGGAUCUAACCCCUGUGAGCUGAGCUGUCUGGCCCUGGGACACAACUUCUACUACAACUUUGGCCGAGUGCUCGAUGGGACGGCCUGCGACAAGGAGCCGGGAGCGGUGUGUGUCAACGGACGCUGCCUGAAGCCCGGCUGUGACUCCAUCUUCGGCUCUAAGCAGCUGGAGGACGCCUGCAUGGUGUGUGGAGGACAAAACACCACCUGCCUGCACCACAAGAGCGUUUACCAGAGCAACGCACUGGAGGCAGGAGGACCUUUUGGAUACAACGAAGUGGCCAUGAUACCAGCUGGAGCCACUCACAUCCGAGUCACUGAUAACAGCAGGAACUAUCUAGCGCUCCAGAAUGGUCGCUCCCAGUUUGUCAUCAACGGUAACUGGAAGAUCAGCAUCCCAGGCGAGUACAACGUAGCCGGGACGAAGCUGCUGUACCGGCGCUCGGCAGACACCUGGGAGAGCUUCGAGGUGCCGGGACCGACCCAGGAAGACCUCCAUCUAAUGGUGCUGGCGACAGACAGAAACCCGGACAUUGAGUAUGAGUACUGGCUACCACCGGGCCAAUACGCCCUCCACCAUGGGAGGAGGAGUCCACUGCGUCAAGCUCACCACACUGCUAACUACCUCCCCUGGGAUCAACCCACCACCACAACCGCCACUACCACAUCCACCACCACCACCCGACCUCCUCCUGUCACCACCCGACCCCACUGGUAUUUAAGGCCUGUGAAGCCGCCGCGCCAGUCUCCCCACCACAACCGGCGCCAGCGUCCUCACCAGCCCAUCCUGCCCCGCCUGGAGCGGGAGGAGAACCACAGAAACCUCCUGCCUCAAUCUCCACCUGGAAAGCAUUGUGGGAGAUGUCAGCGAGUUAAAGGUCGAAGGGAACGCCAGAGACAGUAUUGCCAGAAGGACUUUGUUUUCCGGGCCCGAGUCCUCGGGAAGCUGUACAGAGGCGAGGAGACGCGUUACGACGUCCAGAUUAUCCACACCUACCGGAACAGCUACCGCCUGGAGCACCGAGAGUUCUUGUGGUCCCCUAACGUGUGCGACUGCCCCCUUCUGGAGGAGGGGAAACAGUAUAUACUGAUGGUGCGUCGCCACAUCAACUACGAGCGGACGCUGAACCGCAUCCUGCUAGAGGAGGAGAGCUACGUGGUGCCGUACCGACCCAGAGAGGACGAACUGCUGCGACCGCUCGAAAGACUCUGCAGCAACAGAGGACCGAGAGAGCCGGCGCAACUGACGGGAUGAGUGUGUGUGUGUGUGUGUGUGUGUCAGAGAAUGAAGCUUUAUUCACUUCCAGUGUUUCAUUUCUGGACCUUCAAAACAUCACCAGACUCCAGGUGAUCCGUGGUUGAUGGUCCGAUGAAUUCCAGAGUGGCGUCACUGGAGAAAAAUGACUUGUUGGAUCGUCGACAGACAGUUUCAGCCUCAUUUGAAACCCCAAAAAGACUUUAUUUAAAAGCCCGACCAGCUUACUGUACCAUAUAGAGCACUUUAGGUGGCUGCUUGCUCCACCUUUAAACACAUACCAAAGAGAAGAACAUUGACUGAAAUGGCCUUUUUGUUAUAAUGCUGUUUUUCCACAGCUGACAUUUAUUUUUUAUAUAUUAUUGUAUUUUUGUGUGUGUUUGUGUAAACUUAAAGGAAAAAUCCACCUCAAAAUAGGGUUGGGUGAUAUGUUAAAUGUUAACAACCGGCGGUUGCCGAUAUAUUCACGCAACCGUCUGGGUUUGUCUUUCCAACCAUCACCAACUCUGGUUUGGUCGAAAUAAACUCUUAUCUCACUGAGUUAGAUGUGAGAAUAUGCUCUGCAUGUUGUUUCCCCCACUGUCUCUCUCUCUGCCCGAUGAGCAGCAGCUGAGCAUUUCUCGUUCUUCGAAGGCAGACCAUUAAAUUAGCAAAAUAAAAUGACAAACAUUGCCCAAAAAAAAUAAACAGCGAUGUACUCAGCCAAUCGCCGAUAGCUGAUAUAUUCAUUCAAUCGCCCAACCCUACCUCAAAACACCACAACAAAGAACAUCGAAGACAAAUCUGACUUUGUCUUCUGCUUAUUUCUGUGGAUACAUAGACACAUCCAGAUAUUUCCUGCAGCUCAGUAGAGUUGGUAUCACAGCAAAUGUUUCAGCGAUCUAAAAUAUCAACGGACAGCUGCAGACUUCCAUUCAUACUACAAUUGAGGGUCUGCGUCGUCCUGGCGUUCCACGCUAUUUCCCGAUCCAUUCCCGUUGGUGGCGGUGUCAUUACGUUGUUUGCCAGGAGUUCAACACUUUUUUUUUCUUUGUAUUCAUUUAAGGACGAAUCAUAUAAAUGUGGGUGACGGCGAAUCUCCUCGCACAACCUCUCUUCAAAACAAGCAUUCACUUUGUAGUCUUUUUUCUCCUUCUUGGCAAACUAAAGCUAGAGGUGCAUACGCCACCAACUUGACUGGAGUGUGGAACGAAUCUGGAGCAUACACAGUCGGUGCGCUUGCUAUGAGUACAGUCCGCACGGUCACACAUUUUGGGCUGCACGCGGACGUCCACUUGCAGACCCUCACAGACAUGGAAGGAUGAUGACAUUUAUGUCACAAGGAUCAGCGGAAAAGCAUGAUUUUCCAUUGACUGCACAAAGAUUAACAUCUUUAGUUCCCUCAUGACUGGGUUGUACAGCUCUGGAUCACCGGUUACGCGAGUGGCCACCGCAGCGUGACGUCGGGUUGCGUUUCUCCAAACGUUGAAUCUUUUUCUACUUUUCUGCUGCAGGCUUUAUCUUUUUUUCCAGCACCCCUUGCGGCCGCUGCUGCCACCGGCCAAGCGCUCUACCCCCUUUAAAAUGAAUGAAUCACCGCUCCACGAUAUCUGGUGUAAAUACAGCGUUUUGGUGUCAGCCCCUCAAAGUCAAAGCGUGAGGCCGUCUUUCUAGAGCUGCCAUAACAAAGCUGAUGGCCAUAACAUAAACCUAAUGUAUUAUUACAUUUUACCUGAGACUCCAGUGUUUCUAUGUUGAGUAACAUUGAGGAUAUCAUUUAAGCAAGGAAAAAUAUGUCUCUUCCCACGUCAGAACUUUAUUACUCCCCUCCAGUCGAGGAAAAUAGACCAGAAUGUAAUGAAGUUUAUAACUCAUAUCAUUUUAAAUUUGAUUCUAACUGUGCUAUCACCUGUCAUUUCCUUCAAACAGCACAUGUAACUGCAGCUAAAUGUUCGUUGUGCGUGCAGGUGGAUUUUUCUUUUAGCUUUAACUCCGAUAUAGUAACAACAUAUUGCUUCACAAUAUAUAUUUAUGUAUACAAAAAAUAAGCUUAACUUGUGUGUCACUUGUUUAACGUCUUUCAUAAUGUCUGUGUUGUGGUAUUAAUUUUUUUUAUAGUGUGUUAAAUCAGGUCUGCUUUGUGAUACUUUUAUGUGAAAGAGAUUAUGAAAUAUACAGUAUUUUAUUGUGUGGCACUGAUUAGCUACAAAUAUACUAAAGUAUAAUUGUUUUG